AUGUCGACAGCUGCAACCUCUCCCAAUCCCUCUCUUCUCGCCAUCCUCCUCGUCGCUCAAGGUCGAACUGGUUCUGGUGCUCAAGUUGUAUUUCACUAUCCUCCCGACCCAUUUUCCACUGAUCAUGCCGAUGCGUUGGCGUCGACCGACGAAGAGGAAGGAGAGAGUUCCAGCAGUGAUUCAGAAGAGUCCUCUUCCGAAGAUGACUUUGAGUUGUUCGUGAAGCGAACCAGCGAUGGAGUAGCGGCCAGCCCGGGCCAUGACAAUCGAUCCCAACAGCCGGAUGAAGACGAUGGUCAUUAUCUAGCCAAGAGGGGGACACAAGACAAUGAAGAAUGGAAACCUGCUUGGGAGCCUCUCCUGGGUCUGGGAGAAGAUGGGCUUGUGAGCUUGCUGGCCCCAGGUCGAGCCUGGCACAAACGGAGAUUUGAACUUGGGAUCAAUGAUCUGACCUUUCUGGGUCGACCCGUGUACGCCCGUGAGGAUGGCUUCUGGCGAAAGCCCCGGUCCCCCAAACCGCAGCUGAUUGACGACGAAAGCUCGCACCAAUCUUCUGACGCGAUUCUGAGUGAGAGUGGAAAUGAAGAUCAUGUGAAUGGCCACGGGGCUGCCGCCACCGAGCACGAUUCCCAACAGAAGCGUCACACAAAGCAACCUGCCAAAAGCCAAUUGACAAUGUUCCAUGUUGUAUUUGUGAUGGACCCUCCCAGUUUGGAACACACCCUCCGUGUGAAAGAGAUGUACGAUCACGUUGUCAAGAAAUUUUCCAAGGUCUUGAAGUGGGAACAAUCACAUCACGAUUAUGUCUGGGAGCAAUCGGAAUUACUUCAAUCGAUCAAAUCGACCCAUCUACAACAACAGUCACCCACCAAAGCUCUGUAUACGGAAAUGCUCCGUCGAUCUUCUUUGGCGGCCGCCAUCGCCCGAGUGUUUGACAACAUUUCGACUUCCAAGAUAGCAGCAAUCACACUGGGGUCCAAACUAUCCGUAUCUCUUCAAAUUCCUCCUGUUACUUCGACAUCUUACCUGCCCUCGUUGACCGAACCCCCUCUCGAACCGGGUCUAUGGCUCACCACAGCUACCGAUCCCGCCUCCACAGCGUCUGAUCUCGAUGCGGCAUCGACCACCAGCCCCUUGCAAUUAUCCAAGAAUUUCACUCUUCUACUCAAAUCCAGUCCACAUAAAAUCCUCAAGGACAUUCAAGCCGCAGGAGGUCCGCUAGCAAUGCCGCUCGCCAAUUUCAUUGGAAAAGCAAAUCCGACCAAGUCUUUCUACAAAAUAUCAGUGGCCUCGCAAAUCGCCCUCGGCGAUAUCCAAAAUCUCGCCCGGCAUCUCGUCUACUGGCGCCGUGCCGUAGCAAUUCCGCCACUCCAUCAACGAGACACAUACAUCGUGUCACCCAAUGCAAACAUGAAUAAGCUCGUCUCAGCUUGUAAAGCCUACGAAGCGACAUUUCCCAUGAUGCCAUCCCUGCCCAAGAUGCUGAAUUCUCUCAGCGGCACUCCCGUACCGUUCGGCACCCUGAUCCCCACCAGCGAUCACAAGGAAGAAUACUACCGGGUUCUGGCAUGGCUCAUGCGCGAUGGCUGGGUAACCCAACUGCGAACAUUUGCCUUGGUCCGUGUCGACCCUGAAGUGAAGAAAGCCGUCCGUGAGAAGGAACGCGACGAGAAAGGACCCAAAACACCGAUUACUGGUGCUAUGGACGAGGAGUCUAAAGAGCAGGAGUCGACCCUAUCGAGAAGUUUUGGAAGCGGCAACAGCACUACUCCAGCUACAGCAAACAUAGUGGCCGCCUUCAAACAACGACCUGGUCUCAUCAGCCGGCCCUCCAGUGACGGCCGCCAAUCCAUCUCAACCGACCGUACCAGCAUCCGUGGAACGCAACAACCGAAACACAACCCCAAAGCCGCCAGCCUGAUCUUGUCCCCUCAGCGCGCCUCCCCCGAAGAAUCUCGAUGGCUCGACUACGUCGCCUCGACACUGGUACCUUCACGGUCCCCGUCACGGACAGAUCUGUCUACGUCUCCAACCAAGCAAAACCCUGCCUCCGAUACUGAAACGAAUGCGGACCCCAACACCGAAACGGCUGAAUUACGUCGAUACUGGCCAAUCUUCGUGAAAUACUUUAGCGGCACGGAAGCAUUGGAGCGGAUCCCCGUGCGUGAAGGGCUAAAGAGGAAAUUUGUCUGGGAUAUGUUGACGAAAAUGGGACUGUCGUUCCCUACUGAUGGCAGUGGCGUUGAGGAUGAGAAGGGUGAGAAUAAGAGGCUCCUGGUCACUAUCAGGCACUGGUAA